AGCAACAAGAGAGAGGGAGGGAGGGAGGGAGAGAGAGAGAGAGCGAGAGGAGGAGGAGGCGGAGAGGGGAGAGACGAGAGAAAAGUAAGCAUCAGCGGAGCCCGAGGUCGUUGGUAUCUGCGCGCGCGCUGCGUAGGCUGGUGCGACCGACGAGUGUCGCCUGCUCGCGAUUCUGCGAAUGGAUGUCACAUGGCCGAUCUGCUGACGCUGAAGAACUCGGACCGGGAGCUAGUGAUUAGAGUCGCGAGAGAGGGAGAGUUUUGCGAGGGAUAGUUGGAUAGGUAGAUAGAUAGAUAGACGGAUAGAUUGAUUGAUUGAUAGUGGAUAGAUACAUUCGAGAGAGCGGGGAGGAGCUGGUUUGGUUGACGAAUUUGCACGGACAGGGUAGGCGAGAUUGUAGAUCUUGACGGAGCGAUCUGGGACUGUGCGUUCAUGUGGUGAAGAAUUAGUGUGGGGUGGUGAGAUGGCCGACUGAUGGAGCAGUCCAUUGAUCUUCUGUGUCCCAGCGAUGGAACAGGUUUUGAAUUUUCAGUAGUGGUUUCCGAUCGAAGGCGAGCUCAGUAGUCUGGUUGAGUUAGUAGAUAGAUAUCGGAGGAUAUUUUGGCCCGGCGUUGUAUACAGCACGAGGUAGUGGAGUAGGCAGUUUUGAAGCAUGGGUUUCACGGCAGGUUUGAUUUUUGGCUUUGCCUUCGGAGUGGCGAUGGUUGCUGGCCUCGCGUUUGUGAUGCAAAGGAGAAGCAAGCAGAGAAUUGCCAAGGCUGCGGAUGUGAAAUUGCUUGGAGAACUUACACAAGAUGAUAUUAAAAAACUUUGUGAUGGUAACAGCCCGUUAUGGAUAUCAUUUCCACAAUUCGAACGGGUUCGAUGGCUGAACAAGCAAUUGGAGAAAGUUUGGCCUUCUGUGGCUAAGGCAGCAGGAGCUGUCAUCAAAGAAUCGGUGGAACCUAUCCUGGAGAGUUACAGGCCAAUUGGUAUAUCGCAGUUGAAGUUUAACAAGCUGUUUUUGGGAAAUGUGGCUCCUCAGAUUGAAGGUAUCAGGAUGCAGAGCUUGAAAGAGGGCCAGGUCACCAUGGACUUGGACUUCCGAUGGGGAGGCGAUCCCAGCAUUGUACUAGGUGUUUACACCAUGAUAGGGGCCGUCUUACCAGUGCAGCUGAAGAACUUCAAAUUUUUUGCCACCGUCCGGGUCAUCUUCGUGUUGUCAGAGGAGAUGCCUUGUAUUUCCGCUAUCGUGGUUGCCCUAUUGGCGAAGCCUAAACCUGAGAUCAAGUAUACAUUUAAGGUGAUCGGUGGUUCCUUAACAGCCGUUCCCGGUCUUUCGGACAUGAUAAGAGAUCUCGUGGAGAACAUUGUUACCGAUCAGUUACAAUGGCCGCACAGAAAAAUCAUCUCACUUUCGGCAGAUCCUGGUGUUUUAAGUGAUUUGGAACCGAAGCUCCAGGGCAAGGUAACGUGCAGAGUUGUCAAAGCUGAAAGUCUCAAGAACAUGGAGAUGGUGGGCAAGUCUGACCCGUACGUGCUAUUGUAUGUUCGCCCUCUGUUCAAGUACAAGACUCAAGUGAUCGAUAACAAUCUCAAUCCUAUAUGGAAUGAAACUUUCAACCUAAAUGUUGAGGACCAUGAGACACAGGUGUUGCAUUUCCAGGUUUUGGAUGAAGAUAUGGGUAACGAUAAAACCCUUGGUUUGGUUUCGUUCCCUAUCUCAAAAUUGGUGCCAGAACAAGUACAAACCCUCCCACUGCCGCUGCUGCCAUCUUUGGACACCGAUCGAGUCAAGGACAAAAAGGAUCGUGGCACACUCCACAUAGAACUUCUGUACCAUGAGUACACUAAAGAAGAAUGCGCACAGGCCAUGGAACUGGAGAAAGAGGAACUAGCAGAGAAAGAGAGGAUGAAGAAUGAAGGCAUUCUCAACAGCACUACAGAUGCUGUCGCAGGAGUGGUUGGAGGUGCCGGAAAGCUUGUCGGCGGCGCUGUUGGAGGUGUUGCAGGCGCUGUUGGAGGUGGCUUUAGCUUGGUUGGCAAGGGAGGGAAGGCGCUCACCAGAGGGAUGACUAACUCUAUCGGCAACAUUUCUAAGAAGACCAGGGACACAAAUGGAACCGCCAAGUGAUUUUCGAAUUGUAGAUUUAUCCGCUACUGCCAUAUACGGACACCGGCCAUUGUCUUCUGAACUCUAGCCGGUACUCACCUCAACUUCACUGUCGCUAGCUCCGACAUCUUCAUCCAACAAAUACCUGGAUGACACUGUUCUUCACCUAGUUUCGCUGGGAUGUGUGGGCACUCUGACUGAUGAAUCGGUGAUUUACCUGAAUAUCAGUUCAAAAGCACGCCAUGUGACGCAAUGCAGUCCUGGAAAAGGCGCAAGAAAAGUUUAUGUUCUUCGGUCUAUUAAAAGCCCCCGUUAGCUUGACAUCCACCACACACCAGCUGAGCUCUCCGUGGAAGGCUGUCAUGUUGAAAAGCUGAGGCAGGUGCUCUGUUCCAUUCUCCCCUGACUAUUUUAAUUCCAGGGUUGUAUGGGAACGGCACACUUACGCAGCACUUCCUAUGAAACAAAACGAUGAGUUUACGGUGUCCUGUACCUUGCAAAGUAAACGAUGGGAAGGCAGGCCAAGUCUGCUGUAAGUUGUAGACGCUUAUGAUGAUUUGUGUUCACUGGGUUGUCUUGUUUGACAUGUCGGCCAAACCCAAUUAACGUAAUAUCUGAUAGAUGAAUCUUAUUUAACAGCAAGUAGAAAUAGAUUCUGUUAUUAGCCUUUUUACAGUCAGGACCUAAGGCGAAUGAAACGAGUUAGAAUAGCUUAGGUGGAAACUACUAUACUUGAAGGUGGAGAAUACAUUCAGAUAGGAUGUAGUAUUCCAAGUUAACUACUUCGGGCUGUACCAGUACUUUGUUGGUAGUAUUCUUUUCUAAAUUAGUAUGUCAUGUGCUCAGCCCCACCAUUCGUUUCUGUAAAGUUGUAAUAUUCAACUUACUGAGGCGGCUCUGGACGCGCGUUCGUGUUGACUAACCGGGCAUUUUGAGAACCGUUCAGUGCUUGUUCUAACCUUUUCUUGAAUUGAAAGGUCCCUGUCU